AUGAUAAACUUAGUUGUGCUAAUAUUAUGUUUCAUUAAAUUAAAUGCAAAAGAAUAUUGGGAUACCCUGUACAGCGCCUUCACUUCUAAUAAUAUAAUUGAUAAUGAAGGUUUGUUUGGAAUAUAUUUAGGCUGGUUUGUCCAAGGAAAUUAUGGAUAAUUGACUAGUUUUUGUGAUGGAGUGUCCUUGUUUGGAGGUUUCAAUCUGUUUGGAUCUGGAACUAGUAUCUCCAAAUUAAUUUCUCUACCACCACAUUACAAAGUUCGCGUUUCUUUCGAAUUUUGGAAGUAUUUACUAUAAAUAGAAGUAGGAUAGAUAGUUGGGAUUAGGAAUAUGCUUAUUUUUUUAUAGAUGAUAUUACAACAACUGAUUAUUGGAAUGUGGGCUACUCAGAUGUUAGAUGUGGGAAUCCCGAUAAUGUCGAUCUUUGGAGAGAUAAUAACAAAAAUUAUGUAUUGGAAUUUUUUCACUAAGAACCAACACUGGCAGUUAUUAUUACAACUAAUUUAGAUGAAAGUCCAUAUACAGUAUUUAUGUAAUUUAAUAAAGGAAUCUUGGGGAUUAAGAAUGUUUAAGGUUGAAGGUGUGUUAUGUUCACCUGGUUGUAUAAUGUGUUAAGAUGAUACACCAAAUGAAUGCUGGGAAUAUGAAUUAUUUGAAAUGAAUUGGUUUGAUGAUUUUAAUUUUGAUGGGUGGAAUCUUGAUAAUUAAUAGUUUCUUGGGAAAAGUUCAUGCGUUAACAUUUGGUUAAUUGGGGGAAUAGGUUAAAUUACAGGAAGCAAACAGUUAUCAAAGUAAUUUACAUCUUUAAAUCCACAUUACAAAGUAAUUUUGCAAGUUCAGCUAUGGAAAUUUGAUAUUUGGAAUAAUAAUUAAUUUUAAAUUGAAAUUGAUGGAUAACUUAGUGCAUAAGGAGUUUUUAAUUAAUUUGAAUUUGCUCAACUUUGCGGUGAUAGUGGUGGUGGAGAGAAGUUAUUAAACAUUCGUCUAGUGAAGACUCAUACAUCUGAUACUGUUCAAAUCAAGAUGAAAUCUAACAUAGCUUCGUCUGGUGGAUCUUGGGGAUUAAGGGCUUUUAGAUUAUUCAUAGUAAAAUGCUAUUAAACAUGCCUUAUUUGUUCUGGACCAAAUAAAAAUGACUGUUCAGAAUGCAAAACUGGAUAUAUUUUAUAUAAUUCUGAGUGUGUAGAUGGUAUACUAUAAAUAUUAUCUAGUGAAAUGGAUUUUUGGGUUGAAGCAAUAUUUCUAAUCUUCAGAUUUUCAAAUUUAAACUGGGUGGACCAUAUCAUAUGUUUUUAAUAAUUAAUGGCCAUUUUAAAUUUGUGACAAUAUCAAUUUACUAGGAGGAUAAUCAUUAUUCGGAAGGGAUGCUUCAGUAUCCUUAAAUUUUGAUCUUCCUAAACACACAAAAGUAAGGAUCAAAUUAGAAUUUUGGAAAUUUGACUCUUGGGAUUAUGAAUGGUUCAAAGUAUUUGCAAAUGGAAUUUAAGUUUAUUAAGUAUCAUUUGGAUAGACUGGAGUGCAAGUUAUUUGUGGCUCAAAUUAGAAAGAAGCUUAUAAAAAAAUUUUAGAUUUUGAAUUUGAUCAUACACAGCCAACUUUAAAUUUGGUUAUGACAUCUUCAUUAGAUGAACUUGCUGAUAAUGAGUCUUGGGCAAUUCGAAAUUUUUAAUUAUUUUAUGGAGUUCCAAAGGAUUGCAGCAACUCUAUCAUUGAUUCAGUUACUCUUCCUGCAUUCAUAGGAACAAGGUAUAUUUAAUCAACAUAAUAUUCAUCUGAUAAGAGUUUAUAAAAUAAAAUCGAGAUAUCUGAACUAGGAAUUUCCCUUUAGCCUAGCUUUGAUCAAUUAAUAUUUGUUGAUUCGGCAAUUAAAAAACUAACAAUAUCGAUCAUUUGGUAAUGCUUUUUGAAUGAUCAAACUUUUUCUAUUUCAAUUUUAUAAAGCAGUUAUCCAGAUUAUAAAACAGGAACCGCAAUAUGCAAAUAAAAGCGAUCCAACAUAGUAAAAUCGAUAUUGAUUGUAGAAAGAACAAUAAUAUAAUAAUCAUAAAUUAGAUUAGUAUCAACUUUAACAUCCUUUUAGAUAUAUUAAAUAGUUGAAGAUUAAACUAUAAAACAAUAUGAAAUGAUAAUUAAUUGA